UCUUCCCAGAAGACAAUGGAGAUAAGCUCCGUCUCUGAGGCCAAUGGAAAUAAUCUCGGGAAGGAGGCCAAGGCAGCCCCGCCAGCUGCCAAAUCUCGUUUUGUCUUUGCAUUUUCACGGCCUGUACCAGGACGUACCGACGAGCCGGCGACAAAGUCAUCAGUUGCAUCGGCUCAACUUGAUGUCAGCUCAGAAGCAGCCCGAGCGAACAAAGCGUCGAGUGAGGCUGUGGGCCUUCCUGCUGCAGCUGUGCCAGAAGAAGCUUCAGAUAAAACCCUAAGUGAAGCAUCUCUCAGUGAAAUUGAACUCACAGGGCCAGCUGAGGCAGAGGAUGCCGUUCCGUCCAAGCCCAAAGAGUUAACCUUUUUCGACAGACUUUUCAAAGUGGAAAAAGCAAAAGACAAGAACAAAACACAAGACCAAAGCCAACAGGAGGUAACGGCAGAAACCCCAGAGGUAGCCAUCACAGUAGAAGGAACUGCAGGAUUACAAAGCACACCGGAUAAUGUCCUGCAGGGAAAGGGCAUAGUCGAUGAGUGCAACCGAAACGCAGCACAGCCAGACUCAGCAGGUGCCGAUUGUCUGGCUUCUGAGGAUCUUGCUCAAGAAGAGGUAAAACCAGAGACCAUUAAGACAGCAGGUGGAUCAGAUUACAACAACGCCGUCAUGAGUUUCUUUAAAACCCUGGUUUCUCCAAGCAAAGGAGAUUCCAAAACUGACACUGAAGAUAAGGGAUCUCAAACAGGCAAGAGCCAUGGCGGGCAGCUUGCUGAGAAGGCAGCGGUCGAUUCGCAUGUGAAAGGCACCAAGAAAAAGAAGCCAGACAGCCCCAGAAUAGGACACAGUACAUUUAGCAAACUGUUUAGGCAUAAGGCAAAGAAAGAUACCCAACAGAUGGCCAAUACCAAAGAUAGCGAGCAGCCUGCAAGCUCUACUAGUGUGAAAUCAGAAGCAAACGUCCUUCAGUCACAAGAGAUUCCACCAAUAAAGCAAACCGCAAAAGCCCCUGAACCUCCCAUACAACAGCAACCAACACCACCAGCAGCAAUGGUCAUCACCAAUGAAACUCCAAAAGAGUUGACAAAGGAAAGAUCUUCUUCUACUCCCACACCCCUAAGUAAAUUCUUUUGGAAAAAGACUCCAACAGAUGACAUAGAGGUGAUAAACACCGAGAGAAUGGAAGCACCCCCUGAAGCUCCUGCUAAAGAUGAAAACAAAAGCCAGGAAGUUGCAGAAACAAAACCCAAAGGAGAUGAGAAGCCUUCCAAAGCAAACCUGAGGAAAUUCUUUAAAUUGACAGUCAAAAGUGAUGCAAGGGUAACCCCUUCAGAAGAGGUAAAUGGGCAAGCACCUGACCACCAAACACUGGACUUCACAGACAGGCCCUUAACCCAAGCCGAGAGCAGAGAAUCUGUGGGCGAGAGGAGUAAAGAGGGCUCAACUGAGAAGCUGAACAAGCAGAAAGAAAACAAGCAGGAAGUCAGCAAAGACCAGCAAGAAUCCCAGGAACAAGAAACAGUGGAGACAGAUUCCCUUCAGAAUGGAGGGGACGCAGCGAAGGAAAACACUCCCAAGAGGGUUGAGAAGAAACAGUCUUUCGGCGGGUUUUUUAAGGGCCUUAGUGCCAAACGGAUGUCUGAUGCUGAAGUGCAAACGGAUCCAGUGUCUAUUGGGCCUGUGGGGCCUAUUGCAAAACCUAAGUAAUGCACACUCUGAAGCAACUGAAGAAUCAUGGAUGCCUCGUAAUUUCUUUCCUUUGCAGUAAAAAAUAACUUUUU